GCUUUUGGAAAUUUCCUGCAGCAAGAACAAGAACAUUUGCUCAUUAUCAUCAUCAGCCAUGGAACAGCCCUCGACCACAACCCACAUAGCCAUCGUACCAACGCCGGGCAUGGGCCAUCUCAUCCCUCUCGCUGAGUUUGCCAAGAGACUCAUCCACCGCCACAGCUUCUCGGUCACCUUCGUCAUCCCCAACGACGGCUCCCCGGCCAAGGCCCAGAGGUCCCUCCUCGACUCCCUCCCUCCCUCCAUCACCUACGUCUUCCUGCCCCCAGUCUGCUUCGACGACCUCCCCGCCGAGACCACCCGCAUCGAGACCAUCGUCGCCCUCACGCUGGCGCGCUCCGUCCCUUCCCUCCGUGACGAGGUGCGGAGGCUAAAGGAGUCCACGAGGCUCGUGGCCCUCGUCGCCGACCUCUUCGGCACCGACUCCUUCGAUGUGGCCCAGGAGUUCAACGUCUCCCCUUACAUUUUCUUCCCCACCACGGCCAUGUGCCUGUCGCUGUUCCUUCACUUGCCGAUGCUGGACGAAGCGGUCUCUUGCGAGUACAGGGACUUGCCCGAGCCGGUGAAGAUACCCGGUUGCAUACCCAUCCACGGGAAGGACCUGCUCGACCCGGUCCAAGACCGCCGCAACGACGCCUACAAGUGGGUCCUCCACCACGCGAGGCGGUACAGGCUGGUGGAGGGGAUCUUGCUAAAUAGCUUCGAGGAGCUCGAACCAGGGGCGGUCGAGUACCUGAAACGGGAAGAGCCCGGGAGGCCGCCGGUCUACCCGGUGGGACCGCUGGUGAACAUGGAGCAGAGCAGCAAGUCUGACGGCUGGGAGUGCCUAAAGUGGCUGGACGAACAGCUCGACGGUUCGGUCGUGUACGUGUCGUUCGGGAGCUGGGGGACCCUCUCGUACGACCAGAUUCAAGAGCUGGCUUUGGGAUUGGAAAUGAGCGAGCACAGGUUCUUGUGGGUGGUGAGGGACCCUAACGACAAGGCGGCCAACGCCACCUACUUCACCGUGUACAGCCAAAACGAGCCGUUCCAAUUCUUGCCCAAAGGCUUUCUCGAGAGGACCAAAGGUAGGGGCUUGGUGCUGCCGUCGUGGGCCCCGCAGGCCCAGGUCCUGGCCCACCGCUCAACCGGCGGGUUCCUCACCCACUGCGGCUGGAACUCGACCCUCGAGAGCAUUGUCAACGGCGUGCCCCUCGUCACCUGGCCGCUCUACGCCGAGCAGAGGAUGAAUGCGCUCAUGCUGACCCAGGACAUCAAGGUGGCACUGAGGCCGAGUGCCGACCCGGAGAGCGGCCUGGUGGGGAGGGAUGAGAUCGCCAGGGUCGUGAAGCGCCUGAUGGAGGGCGAAGAAGGGAAGAGGAUUCGGAACCGCAUGAAGGACCUCAAGGACGCGGCGGCCAAAGUGAUCGGCAAAGACGGGUCCUCCACAAGGGCACUCUCCGAGUUGGCUCUCAAAUGGAAGGCCAAACUCAUAAAUCAACUCCAUUAGAAUCGUGUCGUAUCAUAUGAUGCCUUGUUUAAAGUCAACAGUGGAGUUGUUUUUUUCAGUUUUUGUUUGUUUCCUCUAUGCCCCUUGUUGUGGUAAGUCCUCUCCACGUGCAUGUGGGGAAUAGCUCUGUACUGCCAUUUUCCCGUCGAUGUAUAUGCUCAGCAUUUCACUUUCCAGUCUAAAUCGA